GGUCUACCUACCUCCCUUCCUCUCCCUGCUCUUUCCAAGAAGAAAGAUGCUCUCUCUUUCUGCUCUUCAAUGAUCUUUAUCUAUCAGAAAUAAGGGUAUAAUUCUCUAUUCUUCCAUCAAAAAUCUCUUACGUUUAGCUCAAGUAAUGGAUUCUUCCAAGAACCAUUUCAGCACAGAAGGAUGUAGCAGCAGUGAAUCCGGGUGGACAAUGUACAUUGACUCCCCCAUGCAAGAAGAUGAUGUUGACUGCAAUAACGAUGAUGACGAUGACGACCACCAUUAUCGCAAUAGUAACAAAUACACUAGCGUUAAUGAUGAUCGAGAAGAUAAUAAGGAAGAGAGUGAUGAUUCAAUGGCUUCUGAUGCUUCUUCUGGUCCAAGUCAUCAUCAAUAUAAACGUGCAAAUGGUGAAGGUCAAGGUAUUCGCAGCAAUAUACCGAGUACUUCUAAACAAGGUAAGGUUGAUCAGUUUAGAAAGUUUUUCUCAUUCAAGAAAUCAAAUGAAAAAGAGAAAAAGAGUGGUGAAACCAGUACCAAAUAUAAACAUAGAAAUGAUCCUCCCAAAAAGUACAAGUAGUACGAAUUUUGAUUUGUGCAACUCUGUAAAAUUCUAAGCGUAGAGAUGAGGCAAGUAGAUGUAAUUUCUCUUAUAUCUCUUUUUAAAGAAUGG